CUACAGCAUGCAGUGGUGAAUUUUCAAAUUUGUGCAUUUUCAGAGGUGGAAAACAGAACAUGCUCAUUAUACAUCUGUGUUCUUUUAUCAUUGGAAGCUCAUUUUUUAUGUGAAAUAUUCCAUGUGAAAUGUCAGGUGUAUUUUAACUCCAGGUACACUGACAGCAAAACAUGACAAAUUAAGAAAUUAUCUUAAAGUGAAUUUCAUGUGGAAAUACACAUACAACAGUACAUGUGUAUGAGAUGUCUUCAACAAGCUAGUUUGUGCCAGUAUAAAUAACAACGAUAUGGUCAGCUGUAUUUUGCUGGUGUCCUUACUUUGGACACUCUUUGUUGAUGUCACUGCGAAGUUGACCUUGCCUCCUUUCCAAUCCUUGAAGGAAAAUUAUCCGGGAUAUUUUCAUCAUGGCGGCCGUUUUCACAAUCACCGUCUAAUAGAUAUCAUUGGAUGUUAUCAGGAGUUAUCUCGCCAUGACACAUCAAUCACCUCCCUUCAUCAUGACACGAGUGCAUUGCGAUUGUCAUAUGCAUUUAAUCGUAUUGGUGGACAACAUUCUCUUGGACCAGCUUACAUUCAUUUAUCCAAAUAUGGUACGGACAGCGUGUUAGGUAAUGAUGGACUGCAGUAUAUAUAUCAUCCAAUAGCCUAUGGACCAUACCUAGCGGACAAAUAUGGCUAUCCAAAUGUGUCGAAAUUACAUCAACUUGAUCCCAUCACAACGAAGAAAAAUUUCUAUGGAAAACAAGGGAUUCUUCGAGUGAUUACAUACAAGAAGAAACAUGCCAAUUUACCACUAGGACAUGUGGCAUUGUGGGAUUGUGAUCAUUUUCAUCAAACCAAAGAUUUCAUUGCAGAUCACACUUUAAUUACAGUGGAAUUCUGGGAAACACCAGAUUCUGACUGUUCUCAUUUGUCAUCACGUAGUGACACUAAUUCCUGGAACAGGGGACAAAAUACACAACACCAAAGAGCUCCGAACCUCAGCACACUAUUAAAAAUGCCAUAUCCUGUUGCCUCCGAUUCUAUAAAAAAUCAGCAAGCAGACAAUGAACAUUUACGGCACUCUCGACACAAAGGAAUUAUGGGAAACUAGCACCUGUGUGAUGUCACAUAACCGUCAUUCUAGUCAUAGGUGAUUAUCAUCUUCGUAAACUUUUUAUAUAAUCCGUCUGGCAUUUAAGUCGGACAAGGCUGUCCUCGUUUGUGACUCAGUACAAAUUACAGGGUAC